UACUCGUAUUCUAAAUACUUGUCGCUCUCGGCUGUACCGGGCGAGUGCGGGAAUGCGUGUUUCGCCGAGUCGUCAAGCUUUGCGUUUCCGGGACGCACGAGGGCCGUACAUUUCUGUUUUGUCUCCGGCUGUCGUCUCGUUUGUUGGUCUCUCGGCUGGUGCGACGCGUUGUCGUCUCGUUUUUCAUUUUCUUUUUGUUGUUCGGAGGCGAGGUGGAUGGCGGGCAGGCAACGGUACUUGACGACCGGCCGCGCCGGCGGUUUUUGACUGGGUCGUCGAUAUGACUCGUUGUAUAUGCUUGUGUAGAUUGCCCCACGUGUGCUGUCGCACGUCGUCAUGUUGUAGAACAAUGCGUAGGGUUUACUGAAUUGUUCAAUGGUGAAUCGGUGGUUGACCAAUAGAGGUGGAGAGCACGGCGCGUUUGCGCAUAGAAUGCUAUACACGCACGAGUAUGCAUAUGAACGUGUGUUUUUAUUUUUAGAGUGUAUUAGUAAUUGCGGCGUUCGUAUUGUGACAUUUAACCUUUUAGCUGUUCGACUUUUUUUUAGAAUAGCUAGAGACAUGACGUAGAAAUGGAACAACGUAGCAACACGGACGCUACAGUACACGUACAACGUACUGUACUUCUGCUUUACUGCCCAGUUCUAGUAUAGAAGGCGACCCUACUGCAUGUGCAUGUUUCAUAUCUGUUUGUCUAUGCAUGGCAGUGCGUUAGUUGUCAUCAUUUAUUACGUUCUGUCACCGUAUGGUGUGCCGUCAUCGUUACGCCUCGAAAAAAUUGCAUACCGUAUAGACUUGCUCAAUAGACACAAAAAAGAUUUCUAGCCACAGAGGUAAGUUUAAAAAACGUUUGACUUUGCGAGCACGGCAGUUUUUCAAAAGAGCUGGUUGCGAAAGCUUGCGCAUGCGCGUGAUAGCGGGCGAUUUCUAUCGCACCGUCACGGUGUCUCAAAGGUUACGUGUGAUGUCUGAAUUUGGGGGGAUAACGAGAACACCUUAGAGUGAUGACGAUGAUGCUGAUGAUAGUAGUGCGGUAUUCUAGAGUAAAAGCUUUUCUGGUCAGCUAGCUAAUUUUACGUGUCCGCUUUUAGCUAUAACUGUGAUGGCAUGCUAAAAUAAUAAUGGGUGCUCAUUGCAUUCUCACCUGUGCGAGCGAGCACGUAUAUACAGCUGCAGAGUAAAUUUCAAAACAACGUCUAUCGUAAGUGACGAUGUAGACGCGUAAACUGCUGUUACUUCAAUUCACUCGUGGGGUGGGUAACUAGGAGUGGUGCGCAACGCACAGUAAAACGCGCAUGCUUAACAGUAAGUGAGCAAUGUUUCCAUGGCGAUGUUAGCAGUUGUUAACUUUCAUUACAUUAGCUAAUUAUUAUUAGCUAAGAACAGCAUUAACUGUCACAAAAACAGUUAUUACAACAACUCAGAAGCUAUAUAAGUUAAAACGCUGCUUACGCCUAUCUUGUUGCCAUAGCAAUAAUCACAGAGUGACGUCGCAUAACGUAAAGUGUCAAUUUUUUGCACUCAUCGAGGAAAGCAAACAAUUAUUCAAAAUGAUCAAUUUGUAACAGCUGUCCCCUGUGUGUAGGGGUGGUGGCGCACAGACGGACGGACACUCGGAGUACCCCUUUGACUCAUUAGAGAAAACUCGCUCGCUUCGAUCGCUCGCAAACAAACAAAUAGUAAAAUGCCCGUAUUCACUCGACCGCAAAUGGUCGCUAUUAACUAAAUUUUUAGGAUCCUUCACGUGUCGAGUACCCUGCGUUACGAUGCACCGGCCAACUUGUUUGUCGUGAAGACCCAAAAUGGCCGCGAUGACGUCAUACAUUCGUGCACUCCAAUAUAUCACGAUUGAUGUGUGCAAGUAUGGCUAAGGGCGCUGGUCGGGCUCCUACCAAUGCAAAACAACAGGUAGCUUGUGCGGUAGAUCUCAUGCAGAGUUGAGACGGAAAUUAAUUCACUUGCCUGGAUUCUCAACUUGUCAUUCAACCUGCACACUCGUUCAUCAUCACCUGUCUUCGAAGUCGCCUCACUUUCUAGCGCUCUUGUUCGACAGAUGGUGCAAAUGUCGCCCACUAGCAAAACAUCGAGCUUUCCGUUUCUGUUGCUUUUCUCGCUUUUGUACAAGAGCGUUACGGUCGACGGUCGAGAAACGUGUGGACCGCUGCCCGAGGAUGUAAAGCACAAGGCUCGGUGUAGGGCUUUCUGUGCGAAAGAGAGCGAAUUAGAGCGAGCAGAGUGUUUAGAAGACUGUCAAAACAACAACCGCUUGCCUGGUGGAAUCGGUAACGGUACCGCGGCUGUUGUUGAUAAACAUGCGCCGUGGCCUGGCGUUAGCGUUUCGAUCAAUCCGCUCGAGAUGAUAAUCAGUUGGAACAACAGUGGCGACGACUGGAGCUAUUACGUCCUUUCUACGGCGAGUGAAACCGCGAGUAGGCAGUGUUUGGAUGAGAAUCGAACCGAUUUUAUUGAGAAAUCUUUAGUAAAGCGUUCGGUCAAAUCGGAGUGCGUGUAUACCGUGUGUCUGGUGGGAGUCAAUGAGAUCUCGGUCAGUCAUGCAAGCGGUCCGGUGCACGUGACAACGAAGACUGAAGACACAAGAGUGAUCAUGAAACCGUAUUUUGAUUCCAAACGACGUCUUACUCUGCUGGUUGAAUGGACGUGUUCCGACUCAGUAUCAUGCAUUUUCAAUUGGACUGCGGAGUAUGAUGUGGAGGUUACAAUGGUUCGCACUCAAGCGCAGAAAUGGUGCUUUCCCAGCGUUCCAACUUACUACAGAGGAAAAAUUUUUGGAUCUUUGGAUGGCAAAUCAAUUACUUUGACCAAUAGCACGGGAAUACUAAUCGACUGUACAUAUCGUAUACAGAUUGUAGCGGCAACCAAUUACAGAGUUUCGGCGUUGGUCGACAAAACUUAUACUAUUCCUACUGAAGCUUGUCUUAACGGUUAUGACACGUUUUGUCCACCUGAUUACCAGAGUUUUACUACACCUCAUCCGGAGACCAAAAACAUUGCUCCGGUAUCAAAUCUAUCAGUUGUACUGAACCAUGCAAGCAGCGACGGCUGGAUACAAGCCGUUAUCACUUGGAGAUUUCCCAACUCUCCGUACACUUACGUCAUCGAAUCAUUCAUAGUAAGGUACGGUGAGGCGGUCGAAUACCCGGAUGGGUGGCGUUUCAAGGGGCCGACAUUUACACACGAAGAAAUCGAAUUGUCAAGCAACAAGAGCGAGACGUUCGAAUCGAAAUUGCAACUUGUUAGAAACAAAUACUACAAAGUAGUGGUGUCUUGUCAAACUAUACACAACAAGCAUUGUGAUGACAACGACUAUACUGUGUCCACGUAUUCGCCGACUGCUACAACGACGUCCUCGGACAGCAAAUUGGUGGUUGCGUAUGCGGUACCGCUUGUAAUUAUAGCGCUCGUUGUGCUCCUUUUUCUGUGGUGUUGCUACUCGAGACGGUACGGAAAGAAACUGGUGGGAACGACUUCGUCUGCCUUGGCACAUGUGGCAAAAAUCAGUUUCGAAAAAGAGACCGGUAAUGGUGCUAUGGUACCAGCAUUAGACAAUCCAACUAUUCUGAUACCGAAGGACGCAUGGGAAUUGGACAGACAGAGAAUAAAAUUGGAAAGUAACGUGGGUGGAGGAGCGUUUGGUAGUGUGUCGGUGGCGUUGCUAGCUCCUGGUCGAGUCGCGGGUAACAGUCGGGUAGAGCAAAACUUUAUCAAAGUGGCUGUCAAAACAGUGAAAGACACGACGACAAGCGAUGAAGAGAUAACAUUUCAACGGGAGAUUGAUAUCAUGAAAGCAAUUGGCUCCCAUCGUCACAUAGUUGCGAUGCUAGGUUGUUGCACUUUGAGCAGUCCGCUCUAUCUCGUCCUGGAAUACGUUCCCUACGGAAACCUACAGGAGCUACUUCACAGGAGCAGAGAACAGAUGACAGAGGAAGAACUGUCAAGAGACCCAGAACUGCCGACUCUUCCACUUCAAGGCGGAAGUCUUCCACGAAGUCAGAUUUUUAAUAUAGGACGACAAGUAGCAGCUGGCAUGAAACACGUUUCUUCUCUGAGGGUCGUUCAUCGCGAUUUAGCCGCUCGUAAUGUAUUAGUUGGAAAGAACAUGACGUUUAAGGUGUCCGAUUUUGGACUCAGCCGUGACGUGUACCUGGACAGUGCGUAUCAGAACACGAGCCGUGGACGACUACCAAUCAAGUGGAUGGCCUUGGAAUCUCUCAUGUACAGAACGUUUACGUCGCAAUCGGACGUAUGGUCUUACGGCAUCUUACUUUGGGAGACUCUAACUCUCGGUGCGUUUCCGUAUCCUGCCUUGUCAGCUCAGCAUCUUCCAAGACUGUUGUCGAAAGGAUAUCGCAUGGAAUGUCCACCCAACUGCCCAACAGAUAUAUACGACACUAUGCGGAGCUGUUGGCUAGAAAAGCCUGCUGCAAGACCAACAUUCGCCGAUUUGUAUAAACUUAUGGAAGAGUUGAUUCAGAUGGAGCCAGAAACUUUCUACGUGGAAGUCGAAGAUGUACAGCCCAACUGGCUUCCUACUGAAGACUGCACAGCGGACGGUGACGUUGGCCUUGAAAGUCAAGCUAGCCAAGCCAGUGUUUGAUUAUCGCACGCGGAGAAGGAGCACAACAUUACAGUAACGGUAGGACGAUAAGUUGAUUUACAAACUGUAUGCACGUAAUCUAGUAGUUCCCGGUGCAUGCAUGCAUAUGGUGUACUUGCGUAGGAAACUAAUGCUGUAAGCUACUGUGUCUGAUAUAAUAGAACAACAGCCAUGAC